CUUCUAUGGAUACCAGUUUAAAAACAUAGUUAAGUUCCCACAACCAUCAUUAAAUUCAACUCCUGAUUUACUCCUGUCAGUUAGUCUGUCUGUCUGUCUAUUUGUGUUUGUUUGUGUCAAUUUGUUUCUUUUUUUAAAUUUUUGUCUCUCUUCGUGUAAUUUCCAGUUUUUACUUUUUUACGCAUCAAUUCGUUUAGGAGUAACAAAUUUAAAGUGAGUGAGUGAGAGGAGUGAUUUUUCCCGCCGAGUCCACCAGUUCAAUUUUUAAAUUUUACAUAAACAAAAAUAUUUAAUCUCUUAAUUGAUAUAUCCUAUUUUUAUAUAUUACUUCAGCGGCAUCAUCAAUCAACAUCCAAUUCAUCUAACCAGAUCAUCCCUCCACGUACUCAUCAUCAUCAUCUUGCCAAUCCUUCAUCAUGAGUAACCCUUACCAAAACAACAACUCAUAUGAAAUGAGUAACUAUAACAAGAAUUCUUCUGGUUCUGAUGAUUUAAGUUCUUUUAUGAAUGAAAUUCAUGAUAUAAACUCUUUAUUAGAUCAAUAUUCCAAUCUUAUCGGAUUAAUCGAUAGAAAACAACAAAACUUGAUCAAUGAAUUGAAUUUAAAUGAAAGUGAUCUUGAGUUUAGUACUCAACAAGUUGAUGGACUAGUUUCUGAAGCUGAUAAUUUACAAGCCAAUUUAAAAGUUAGAAUUAAAAAUGUUCAAACUAUUGCCGCUAAAGAACAUGAUAGAACUAAACAAGAACAAGCUGAAGUUACCAGAAAGAGAUUUUUAGAUUUAAUUCAAAAUUAUCGUUUAGUUGAAUCAAAACAUAAAGAACAAAGUAAAUCUCAAUCAGCCAGACAAUAUAAAAUUAUUAGACCUGAAGCUUCUGAUCAAGAAAUUGAAACUGUGGUUGAAAGUGGGAAUCCUCAACAAUAUUUCCAAAAUGCUCUUUUACAAUCAAAUAGAAGAGGUGAAUCAAGAGUUGUAUUAAAUGAAGUUCAAGUUAGACAUCAAGAAUUAUUAAAAUUAGAAAAAACUAUGGCUGAAUUAACUCAAUUAUUUCAUGAUAUGGAAGAAUUAGUUAUUGAACAAGAUCAACAAAUUCAACAAAUUGAUGAAACAGUUCAACAAGCUCAACAUGAUGUUGAAGGUGGAUUAGGUCAUACUGAAAAAGCAGUUAAAAGUGCAAAAGCUGCCAGAAGAAAAAGAUUAUGGUGUUUUAUUAUUUGUUGUAUUAUUGUUGCCAUUCUUGCUCUUGUAUUAGGUCUUUACUUUGGUCUUCAUCAUUAGUUCUACUAAUUUCAUAUAUCUUCUUCUUCCAUCCUUCCAUCCUUCCAUCCAUCUAUUAAUCAUUUCCUCCUUUUUUAAUGUCAUUCUUGUUGCUAUUAUUAUUAUUAUUAUUAUUAUUUUAUUGACUUUUCUUAAUUUAUUUUAUUUGUAAUAAAUCCUAACUUUAUUUUUGUUGUUGUUGUUGUUGUCAUUUACACUACCUACUGUGUUAAUUCUUUUAUCUUUGGUUGAAUUGAAUAGACUGACUCAUCGAUAAGUACCCAAUUAACCAUAUUAGUAACAACUUCAAAAAAAAAUCCAUACAAAGUUAA